AUGGAAGUCGACGCAACGACGUUCGAUUACCUCUUCCACCACGUUAUCCUUCCCCCCAAGCUUCCCCAGCACGAGGAGAAAGAUGAGUGGCGGGCAGAAGAAGGCCUGCUCCAGUUCGUUCGCGAUUCCGUAGGCAAAUUUGCCGAGAACCUGUCGCCGGAGUCUCGAAAUGGCUGGCAGAUCGCCAUGAAUAUGCUGGAUAACUGGAUCAAGGUAGAAAACCGGGGAGAAAUACACAACGAUACACUCUUGCGGGUUGUUUCUGCACUAAAGUCUUCAGGUGCUUUUGCGCUGCGAAUUCGAGAGCAGAGCUGCGGCUGGCUGGGCUACUACGACAAGAAAGGUAAUCAAGUCAUCUUCGAUGCCUUCGAAGCUUCCGCCCAAUGCAAUCCAGUCCUCGCUGCAGCAGAUACUCUCAUCCGCUCUUUUCCCGGCCAGAGCAUCGCCAUCCCAGCUGAUAAGAUCGACGAGCAUCAGUUCUGUACUUAUUUAGCCCGUAACCUCUCGCGACUUUCCGUCGAACAUGUCACUGAGAUGGCGCCCAAGACACGAAAGGCCAAAGCUAAUGUCGAAGAGCCGAGAGACACCGUCCACCCUGGAUUAGUGACGGAGUGCCUGAUGACCCAGCUGCUCACGUACGGCAAACAUAAUACCUGGCCCUGUUUUGAAAAGCACAUACGAGAUGAAUCGAACUGGAACAGCAGCUACCUGGGAUGGAGACGAUCUCCUCAUUGGUUUGUCCUGCGUGUAUCUCUGCAGACUGUCCUUCAGCGCGUCUUUCCCAUCCACGAGGGCCACCAACAGUACAAGAACUUCAUGCUGUAUUUGAUUGCCGAGAUUGGGAACACUGCUCUCUCGAUGGACCCGGCUGUACCAGCAGAGCACCUGGCGCUCAUUCGCACAAAGAUUGGUCGGCGAGUCAACAAACUACAAGACAAUGCUUUUGACUUUGUCACAGUCGACGCAGGCGCAUCAACUGAUAAUCUUCUGCGCCAUCUACAGCGCAUUCAGACAAACAUCAUUUCCUCGGAUCCAAUCCCAGUGUCCAAAUUUCCAACUACCGCUGCAGCUGAAGAUAUCCAUUUGUCACUAAAGUACAGCCACGAGUUUCUACAAGCAGUCAUCAACCAUACCACAGUCGAGGCAGCCCCCUCUAUCUUUUCUCGGACGCAUAACCUAAGAUUUAAACGCGAUGAAUACGGCCUGCCUCUCUUGGAAAAUGGCGAUCCCCUCUGUCUGAUGGACUUUGAACAAUGGGUCGGUGAUCAGCUGUCAGGCUGGUCGAAGAGUGCCGAGCCCUCAGAAGACCUUUGCUGUGUACUCAGCGACCGUCUCCAAGAAUACCUCAGGUUUGCGCAACUUGAGUAUGGAUCCAACCCACGGGAGGUGUCCUUAAUGCUGCUGGUAAUCUUGGAGCUUUGGGUGGCUUUCGAUAGGAUGUGCAUCCGUGUCUACCCAUUGUUAGGAGACUUCACACCAGAAAUUCCAAUUGAUUUCCUCGAACCACUACUUCUCCCGCAGCGGGAUCAGAUGGAACGAGCAAUCAUAGUUGAGCAAUAUCUUCGCUCACGGCAUCAGAAUAUGCAGCCGUAUAACCCACCUAUCCUGGCAGAUCCCACUCCCCAAAGCUUUGGGGUUCGUUACUUUGACCGUUCCCUUGGACACCAACAACUGCGGAGGCGAAUCGAAGACCGCGCCGAAGAGAGACGAGAGAGAAAGAAACAGGAGUGGCAGAGGAAAAUUGACGAACGACAGUCUCUCUACGAUCAGAUAGAUAGCUCAUCGUGUGACUAUCACUAUAACAGAAAAAUGGAGUAUGUUCAUCACGGAGGAUGCAACAGAUGCUCCCUUAGUCGACACGCCGCUGCAAUCUCUAUUGAUAUCGAUGAGUGGCCUCUCCCGAGUACAGAAUACAUCCUGAAGGCCGUUGUCUUCGAGCUUGAUUGUCCUCGGUGGUUUUGCGCCUGGCGGGACACCACUUGGAUAUUGCUGCAGGAUCUUGGGCGUGGCCGACCCUCCAACGCUGAUGAUAUGAAGCAGAAUUUGCUCGACUACAACCAGCUUCAUGAUGUAGUCACGAAUCAUGACCAGCGUUUGACAUUGGGUUCCACUGCCAAGUCAUGGCUAAAGACCCAUUAUAGGACCAUGGGGCUUCCGGGAAGCGUGCAGGACGUAUUAUUCGACAAUGCACUGCAGCUCAAGCUCUUUGCUAAAGAUCCUACAGCAUGGGUAGUCGAUCAGACAAGGAAGCCUUCGUUGAAGCAUCAUUGUUGUUUUGUUCUUCCUUCAGGUCCGUAUUCACAGUUGCAAUUCACCGUGGACUCGGUUCAUCAUACACAGAACCAGGUAAUUGCAGACCAGAGGAAAUGCGACAAGGAGAUGACUCUACAUGAAUUCAUUGCUUUCGGAUGUCUUCGUGCUGGUGAGCGUGUUCAAUGGCAUAACAUUGCUCGUGAGCUGGCUUCCUCCGCUCUAUCGUUUAAUGAGGAGUCAGUCACCAUUCUGCUGCGACAGGCAGCAUGGGAGCUGGGGUCAUACAGUACGGCGGUCAUCCCCCUCAGAGAGGCGCACCGAGUCUUCGAGAUUCCAGCAUUUGGUGAACGGCUUCUGGAAACCUUGGAACAGAAGCUGCAAACCAUUAAAUGCAAUUGGAAUGAGCACUGGUCGCUUUAUGCGCUUGUUACACUGGCUCUUCGUCUGCUUACUCUUUCCGACGGUCACAAUACAUCAGCCAUAGCAGCGUUUCUAAGGAACAUUCGGCAAGUUGCGAUGGGUUGGUGUGAAGACCUCAUCGACAGUCUACAUCAACAGACUGGUGAAGAGAGUAAGGCACAGCAACAUCUCAUUCUCAAAUUGGGCGUGAUUUGCCAGAUGACCUACUUCGUGGAGCCGGUACAUCUCAGUGCUGUUCUCUCCACCCCCGACGACCUCUUCUGGCUGAUUUACUCUUCCAUGGUUGUCUUUGAAAAUACUCCUCCUACAUCCGAUGCACUACCUAGUAAUACCAAGGCGUUGUUGACAACUAGUGCAAGGAUUCUCCAUCGCGUCGAGACAGUGAUUCAUCAAAUGAUAGAAUCCGAUCCAUUAGGACUGAACCAGGCUCUCAUCAAGGCUUCUCCCGAGCUGGUAGUGAACAUGCCUUGGGGCUUUGGUGCAGGCGGGAAUGAGAGAUGGGUGACUACCAAAACAAGAGGAUCCGGAGGUCGCCAACAGACAAUCCACUACAACAUCCUGUCUGGGGAGUUUCUUGUUGACAACCGGCCUCCGGGUCGAUUACCGGCCGAAUAUACAAAACAUCCCCUGUUCCAGCGUGUCUUUGGCCCUCGCACGCUUACCGUUUUACCAUCAGGCCUACCCGGUGCCGUAUUUUGCUCUGUGCAGGCAUUCAAUAAUCAUCAGGUUCACUUUUCCAUGGAAGCAGACCAGCUUGUGAUCAUUGCAUGCCAUGGAACACAGCGUCUACGACUCAUACCGCACGAGAAAUUACAGGGCGAUCUUCCUUUGUCUCUUGUUACCGAUUAUGUCCAUUGGCUCGACCUCGAUGCUCUGCAAAUCGAGUUUCGGCAUCUUGAUCAGGUGUGGCAACCAAGUCCUCAAAACUGGCAUCUGAUAUUCCGCGCCGACUCCCCAAAACGGUCUGUUAUGCGAAAGAAAAAUCAGAGUCUGGUUGAUAUCCGCAGUACGUUGUUUCAAGAUCUGUCGAGUAUAUUGGCCAAACUGGAUUCGCGGGAGCACAUCCACGUCGUUUUGCGGGCAGACGGGAUAGUUGAAGCCGAUAUGGUUCGCAUGCGUCUGAAAUUCUUCAUCAACAAGGACGGCGUUCUACAAUCUAGACAGCUUAAUGCUACAGUGGACCGGAAUCAGGAUAUCGGAUGUCUCUAUGGUCUAAGGAAUAAUCUUGUCGUCAAGGAAAGCAGUGAGCCAGAGCAACACGCUGUGCUCAUCCCGUAUGGAAACGUUAGCGUUGCACCGAAAGACCACCAUGUCACAGUCUCAAUAAAGCCAGCGAAUGGGCCACGAACCAGGUACUUCCUGUAUCGGUUGGACAAACACUUCAACAUGCUUCGAGGUCCUCCAGACAUGCUAAGCACUCUUUAUCUCGCGUACGUGCAUGCUGUGACUGGAUUCGUUCUUCCUGACCCAUCAAUCGAGCGCUCUGGUACCGAAGAGGCAUUGCGAAUUCUGCGCCUUGAGUUCCUGAAAACAUCAUUUCCCAUUGAUGCUGAAUGCUCUUCCAUGCUGAGAAACCUUGCUGCUUUAACUCCCAAACGGAGAUACUAUCCCGAGCACCUGAAUGUCAUGCAGACCGUUAGGUGGAACGACAAUCUGUGGCCGAUGAUGCAGCAUGAUGAUUUUCAACCCCUGGUACAGGAGAUCAUUGAUCACAGCAGCAAGUUCUCGAAGCUGCAUGUUAAAACGGAUGAUUCAUCUCCCUCUAUAUCGGUCGCAGACCGCGGAGAUUGGCAUUUGCUGCAGAGGGCUCGUAUUCGAAAUGCCUCUUGCAGAUAUUCACAGUUUGGCGGCGCCGCUGCUAUACCGAAAAGGCCGUUACAGCACCUACCCAGAGAUCGAGACACCACAAGUGCACGUAGUCAACGCGUGUAUGAAAUCGCAAAUCUGAUCCACGACUGGCCUUCAUCCAUGAAGCUUCAAGGUUUUGUCGAUGGCAUAUGGCGGUGGGAACGUGUGUGUACAACGGGAGAUCAACUGGAUACGCUUUCGUGCACUAAGCUCCUGCAGCUGAGUCUCAGAGAUACAUGGGGCGCUCUCUACGAUCGGUGCCGUCUCAGCAACCGAGAAUGUGACUCCUACGACCUCAUGUCUGACCUCAGCCUAGUGGCCUUUGGCGACGAGUCGAAAUUGGAGCCUCUCCGGAACUUACUUGCUGUGGCAUUUUCAGGCCAGCUUCGCUCUAUUUCCAUUCCAGAAAUUGUCCAGCAUAAAGUUCUUGGUCUUUAUGUUGGGAAGGAAGUACAGCGGUAUCAAAUAAGAAGUGCCAUUGAACAGCAUUAUCAUGCUUUCGUGCCCGACAGCUACGGCUCCUCGUUGCUGUCCUAUGACGAAAGAGUACGAAAGGAGACAAUUGCUAGACAGGAAUACAAUGAAAGAAAAUAUCAGGAUAUUGCCAGUCUUGAGGAUGAAAUUGUCAGUCAAUGGCCUUGUCAGGCGCCGCGGUACCCUAAUGGAUCCGCAGCCCUCAAGGUGAACCAAUAUGCACUAUGGCAAUCAUGCGCUUUGCUUUUCGAAAAGUGGUUUCACAAUUUGCACUUUGAUGGUUUCCUCCGUCAGGUUCAAGACCAGCUCAUAGCGCAAACUCACGACCACCAGCCUGCUGUUCCGGUCUGCCCUCCACAAGGCGAAGCCUUCAGGAUAUCGUCACCUCAAUCGCCAACGCUUCUCGGGUGGAUGAGGUCCUCACAGCUGUCUAUUGCAGCAGGUUCUUCUCCAGAGUUACUACAUUACGAAAGGGAAUGUGCACCUCGGUCAGAUACCAGUGGUAGCAUUACUGAACUUCGCUCUAUAAUCAAAGAGGCCUGCGACAGCAAUGAUCCCCAUCGGAAGGAAUACGGUCAACAUCUCCACGACAGCGUGUCUGCGUUAGAAAAGAUUCAUGUAUCCCGUCCACCAACAUCCUUUCCUGUUACCCACGAUAGGCUUUUGGACUGCAGAAAUCUGUUGGAAUCACAGCGCGACGCAAUAUGGGACUGUAUCAUUUCGGCACUGAAGACACCUGGGGAAUGGCAAAAUGUGGCAAUCCACACCGUUUAUCCGUCCUUGAAUAAAGUAUCUAUUCUUUCCCUCCUUGGCUCCGCUCAGUGGUCUUCACUUCCAAAGCAGUGGCGAGAGAUUUUGGUGGAUCUGGGUAGAACAAUCUCAUCCCUGAGACGGUGCAACCGGCUUAUUUCCUUUGAGGUCAAGCAAGAUCUACAUGGCUUUUUCAAAGAGGCAGAGUCUAUCAGUGGCGAAGGUUGGGAUAUGAUGGAGCACCCUCAGUGGGUGCUGUUCGAGCUGGAGAACGACAUGACAAUUCGAGCACGUCAAGCAGAGGUGGCCCAUAGGAUGAUCAACCCCGAGGGAAACGAAAAUGCAGUCCUUCAGCUAAACAUGGGUGAAGGCAAAACAUCGGUCAUAACACCGAUGGAAGCAGCUAUCCUUGCGGACGGUAUCCGAUUACUGAGAAUCAUUGUCCUAAAGCCUCUUUUGCGACAAAGUGUGACUCUUCUUUCCCACCGGCUGGGAGGAUUGCAGCAACGGCGAAUCUAUCAUAUCCCCUUUUCGCGAAGCACAGCCAUUGACGAUGAAACCGCUGCUCAGCUGCAGUCAAUAUAUCAGGAGUGUCAGGAAAAUCGAGGCAUUCUCAUCGCGCUCCCUGAACAAAUUCUGUCAUUCAGAUUGGUUGGGCUUGAUUUGAUGGGAAGCAAGCCGUCUCUGGCACGGAGAUUGAUCACAUUAGAACGAUGGAUCCAGGCCAACAGUCGCACCAUUAUCGAUGAAAGUGACGAGGUCCUCGACGCCAGGUUCCAGCUGGUAUAUACGGUCGGUAACCAGAAAACCCUCGAUGGACACAGCGACCGAUGGAGCAUCAUCCAGGUCGUGUUGGAUCUCGUGCGAAAGCAAGCUGCGGUACUUCGUCGAGAAGAUCCGUCUUGUUUGGAUCUGGAAUUCCACGGGGACCGCUAUCCAAUCAUCCGAUUUUUGAAGCCCGAGACAGUCGACACCCUCAUCCAGCGCAUCGUGGAUUCUAUCGGACGGAAUGGGUUUUCCGGCGUUCCCUUCACUCAGUGGACACCAGGAGUCCGCAAAAGUGCAUUGCGAUUCAUCAGUUCAGUCGACGUCAGCGACACAGACCAGGAGACCAUUCGCAGCACAUUCGAGGGCAGUGUUUCCAUGGCAAAGCUGCUCAUUCUCAGAGGUCUACUGGCUCAGGGCAUUUUACGUUUUACUCUCGCUGGUAAAAGGUGGAUGGUGGACUACGGGCUUCAUCCUACACGGUGCUUGAUGGCUGUCCCAUUCCGCUCGAAGGGUGUUCCUUCGGAGAACUCUGAGUUUGGCCAUCCUGAUGUCGCUUUGACGCUGGCAUGUCUAACCUACUACUACGAUGGACUGACUGAGGACCAAGUUCGGGACUGUUUUGCCUUGCUUGAAAAAGAAAACGACCCAUCGGCCGAGUAUCAGAGCUGGAUUGCAGCAUGCCACGAUCGCCUCGACGAAGGUCUGCGAGCUAUCACUGGAGUCAAUCUGGAAGACAGUCGGAAAUUCAGCGCCCACCUGUAUCCUAAUCUGCGGGAUCAGAUUCCUUUGAUCGAAUUCUACCUCACACGGGUCGUCUUUCCACGAGAAGCAAAGGAAUUUCCUUAUAAGUUGUCAACAUCAUCAUGGGAUAUUCCCUCCCGGCAAGAAAUGCCAGUCACUACCGGUUUCAGCGGCACAAACGAUAACCGGUCUCUUCUUCCUCUUUCGAUAAGACAGCGUGACCUGCCUCAUCUGCUUCACACGAACGCCAUGGUCCUCAGCCAUCUCCUACGAGAGGAAAAUCGAGCAUGUGUUCUGGCACAGGACCAGGGAGGUCAUCAACUGAGGACCGAUCAGCUUUUUGCUCUGGCGAACGAACAGAGUCCGUCAAUUCGUGUGGUGAUUGAUGUUGGAGCCCAAAUCCUUGACGCCGGCAACCAAUCCGUGGCCGAGCAGUGGUUGUUUCUCACUACGGACAAGAAGGUGGAGGCCGCCGUCUUCUAUGACCAGCAUGAUGAGGCCAUGGUAAUUGACCGCGGUGGGCAUGUGGAACGACUGCUUGCGUCUCCAUUUCAGCAACGAAUGGGUGUCUGCUUGGUGUUUCUAGAUCAGCAUCAUUCGCGGGGAGUUGAUCUGAAACUCCCACUUGGUACACGGGCCGCUGUCACACUUGGGCCUAGGCUGACCAAGGAUCGUCUUGUCCAAGCAUGCAGUAGACUACGAGAGCUUGGGAAUGGACAUUCAGUAACCUUUUUCAUACCACCCGAAGUCAGCCACAACAUGAACGCAGAUGCUCGAAACCUCACUUCCAAGGAGGUGGUUUCGUGGACGCUCAAGCAGACUUGUGAUAGUUUGGAUACUCUUAGACCACUUUGGGCAUUUCAAGGAUUGCAGCAUAACCGCCGAGCUCAGCUGAUGGAGAUGCUGGCCACCGACCCUGAUCAGGCUGAAAUAAUCGUGUCUCGCAUUCAGGAACCAGAGGCUCGACCGCUUUUGCAAAUGUAUGCUCCCUGGGAGAAGACGCAAUUGAUGGAUCUGGACCCGGACCUCGAUUGGAGCUCUCUGCAGACAGUACACCUCCUGGACGUCUGGAAGGCACCUGGCCGUCAAGCAAUCGCUCGUCUCCACGAAGAGCAAGAAAGAGAGAUUGCCCAAGAGGUCCAGCAGGAACAGCAAGUGUACCGCCCCCCUCCGACUCCUCCGGCAUCUCAUCGUCUCGACGCGGCGGUUCGACACCUUGCAAUUCAUGGUAAAUUCCCGCAUGACGGUUCUGCUGCAUGGAUAAUGGCAUUUGAAAGCUUCCGUACCACAAGUGCUAAUGACAUUGGCUUUCCUGGAUGUUUGGGUCCACGUCUAUACGCGACCAAAGAUUUCGUUACUUCGAUCCAGCGCAGGAACGGGAUCCAAGAUGAUGAAUUCUUGAAACCGGUGAAUUGGAUAUUGUCUAGCAUCCACAGCCCUAAUCUGCUCGUGUUGAGUCAAUACGAGGCGAACGAGCUCAUUCCUGUUAUCUGCGAUUCCCCAAACACCAGGCUCCAUGUUUAUACAUCCAGAACCACAAAAUCCAUGCGUUCAUUCCGAGAUCUGGCCUUUUUCAUCAACGGUGUUAGCAAUUUCGACAAUCAGCAAUUUGUGGAAACGACUCGAGAUUUGGAAUUAUUUGCAGGUAGUCUCUAUUUUAAAUCUUUGGAAGAUCACAAUCGUUUCCGCAGCUUUCUUGGUCUUUUGACAGACAGUCACGAUGAUUAUGCCGAGGGUUCGAUCUCAGAUGAAGGUUUUGUCAACGAAGAGGCUCGAAAGCUGGGAUGGCCCGUUUCUUGUCCCUUUACUACGAGUCCCUUGCGCUUUUUGGCUACGAUUUUCAACAUGCGCGGACGGGGUCAUGGAUAUUCGCAGACUCAUAUUGGAAGCAUUAUUGGGGGUAAAAUGUUGAUGGCCGAUCGGUUUUGAUUCGGAUAUGAUAUUAUCUUACUUUGGCAAACUAG